GGCCCCCGGGAGAAGCCGUAGUCGUCGCUCUUCCAGCUACGUCACGUCUCGAGCGGCGUUUCAGAGAUGUCUGACAGGAGGGAGUCGGGAGACGAGAGGGCCGGGCCGGAGAGACCCCAGACGGCCCCGGUGACCAUCAGCGACGUGCAGGAGCUGAUGCGGCGGAAGGAUGAGGUCGAGGCGCAGAUCAAGGCCUACUAUGACGUGCUGGAGGACAUGGGACCGCUGCAUUUCAGAGAGGUGUGGCUCACUGCAUCGCAAAAAGGAGUUGGAAUGAAUGAGCCUCUGGUCGACAUCGAGGGAUAUCCUCGAGCAGAUGUGGAUGUGUACCAAGUCCGUACAGCAAGGCACAACAUUAUAUGUCUGCAGAAUGACCACAAAGCCCUGAUGAAGCAGGUAGAAGAAGCCUUGCACCAGCUCCACGCCAGGGGGAAGGAGAAACAAGCAAGGGAUGCAGCCGAGGCACAGAACGAGGCCUUGAACCAGGGCCAGGGCCCUAGCCAGAGCCAGAGUCAGAGUGCCCCUCGGCCCUUUGCUAAAGUGAACAACAUCAGCCCAGGCUCUCCUGCCAGCACCUCGGGUCUCCAAGUGGAUGAUGAGAUCGUGGAGUUCGGCUCCGUAAAUGCCCACAACUUCCAGAAUCUUCAGAACAUUGGAACAGUGGUCCAACACAGUGAAGGGCAUCCGUUGAAUGUGACAGUGCUUCGGAGAGGCGAGAGACUCCAGCUCAGACUCGUCCCCAUGCGCUGGGCUGGGAAAGGACUGCUAGGCUGCAAUAUUAUUCCCUUGCAAAGAUGAUUGCCCUUUGGGACCUCCACAAAGACGACCUCCCCCUUCCUAUCCCUUGGACCUGGAGGUGGCUUCGAAUGUCUUCAGCUCCUGCUGGGACCUUAAGGAUUUGCAAUGGGUGGAUGGGUGAACUCCCACUUGGGUGUCGGGGACGCACUUCCAGCAGGGGUUUUGACCAACAGUCUGCCUGGAUUAAGGCGUGGUUAAAACUUCACAUUUACUUAGUAUCUCCUUCAAAUUAUGCCUUGGUCUUUAAUGGAAAUUACUUUUUGCUUAUGGGUGAGUGGGUAGGAAUUUAAUUUGACAGUAUUUUUACUCUUUUAGAGGUUGCUUUAAUUUUUUUUUAAUUUGGAUAAAGAGAUAUGAUUUUCAGUGUGCUGCUACAUUGUCCUGGUAUAUAUGUAUAUGAUGUGUGUGUGUAUGUAUCUAUACACACACACACGUACAUGUAUAUAUAUAUCUACACACACACACACACACACACACACAUGAUCCAUUUAAACCAAAGUGUACAAGGUCAGAGCUGCCAGUGGAGAUGAGCUGUCCAGGCAUUUCUGAAGUUAUAACUUGACUCUUAUUUCCAAGGCAUAUCAUCUCAUAUUAGGUUGGAGUAUUGAGGGCAGAGUGUAAUGAUAUUUAAGCUUAGGGGAGGUAACUUAUUAGGAGCAUGGAUGGCUAGGUUGUGAUAUGGUAAAUCUUAUGUGUUUCUCUGCAACCUCAGAACGUUUGUGAACACAGACCACCACUGCAAUUUUUGGGGAAGGUGCUGAUCUGAUUGGGAGAUGCAAGUCUGCCUCCACAAGGGGGCAGCAAGGGCCCCUACUCCUGGAGUCUGGGUCAGAGGAACCCACUUUUUCCCCAACAAUCAUCUGUCUCAUCUAGCACCCUUUUCUCAAGUUGUAAAAUGGUAAUUGUGAAAAUGGACACCGACAUUAACUGAUGGGAACUUUAGAGUUUUUUUGGGUUGGAUACUUUCUAAGUCUUUGAAUUUUUUUUAACAUGCACUCUAAUAAAUAUCAGUGAUUUUAAGUUAC